AUGCCUUCUUCGCUCCUGCUUGAAACCACGUCACUGCCUCCAAGACCGAGAAGGUCAGUGACAGGGCCGUCAAACAUGGAAUACAAUUCGUCCGUGGACAAGUUCCGAGAUGACGAGUAUCCCAACAUGUCUCAAGGGGCAUAUCUCGAUCAUGGAGGCGCAACUAUCUAUGCCCGCUCGCUCGUCAGCAGCUUCUCGCACGCAAUGAUUAGUAACCUCUGGGGAAACCCACACUCUGAGAACCUCCCAGCGAAGCUAUCUGGAGAGAUGAUCGACAGCGUUCGAAUCAAAGCCUUGGAAUUCCUAGGAGCUGAUCCUGAGCAUUUUGACUUGGUCUUUGUCGCAAACGCCACUGCAGCCAUUAAGCUGGUAGCCGACGGGUUUCGCGAUCUCGGGGAGAAGACGCCAGGCAAGAGCUUUUGGUACGGUUACCACAGAGAGGCUCACACCAGCGUCAUUGGCGUUCGGGAGUUCACUGCUGGUGACUAUCACUGCUUUGAAGACGAUCAGCAAGUAGAGCGUUGGCUGGAAUGCCCGACCAACACCCCCGUUCGAAACUCCAAAUCCACGGGCCUGGGCCUGUUUGCGUAUCCUGGGCAAUCCAACCUCAGCGGACGUCGACUACCCAAGGGAUGGCUAAGGAAAAUCCGAGAGAACCCGCAACUUCGAAACACUUACACGCUCUUCGACGCCGCUGCCCUCGCCAUGACGAGCUCCCUAGGUUCACUUUUUAGCGACCCCGAUGAUGCCCCCGAUUUCACCUGCUUGUCAUUCUACAAAAUCUUUGGAUUCCCCGACCUUGGCGCCUUGGUUGUACGCCGGUCAUCGGGCCAUGUGUUGAAUCUGAGAAGAUAUUUCGGAGGAGGAACUAUUGCUCAGCUUUUCCCUCUUAAUGGAGACAAGCGCAUCGCGAAGAAGGUUCCGGGUCUGGGAGACCAGUACGACAUGUGGAGCAUUCAUGAUGGCCUUGAGGAUGGAACCCUUCCGUUUCAUAGCAUUUUGGCGCUCGGUCUAGCCAUAGAUACGCACAUCCGCCUUUACGGUUCCAUGGACGUCAUCUCUCGCCACUGCAACUACCUCGCUCGUUCACUGUACAAAAGUCUCGUGACGCUAAGAUAUCCUAACGGCUCCCCUGUUGUUGAGGUCUAUGUCGACGACCCGACUAUGUACGGAGAUCCUUCGCGACAGGGUGCGACGUUUGCCUUCAAUGUGCUGAGGCAAAACGGCACCUAUGUUCCUUGGACCGAUAUCGAGAGGCUCGCCAAUGAGGCCGGGGUCUACAUCCGAGCAGGAGGUGUAUGCUGUCCUGGCGGUGUAUCAAAAGCCCUCGAGUAUGAGGAAUGGGAGUGGAAUCGAAUGUUUUCUAGUGGCCACGCCUGUGGCGCGAACGAGAUGGCCAUCAUCAACAGAAGACCUACUGGCAUUGUCCGUGCCAGUCUCGGUGCCAUGACGACAAAGGCAGACGUGCAUGCAUUGCUCAUGUUUCUUCACAAUGAAUUCAUCGCGGAGGCAACUGAAGUGCAAUUGCCAUCACUUUUGGAGCCGUCCAGAGAAACCCUCCGACUUCCCCUCCGAGAGAUGAAUCCCAACUAUAAUAUGGCCAGCGUCUGCACAAUGGCCAAGAAGAAGAGCAAGCAGGCGCCUGGCGACGGAGCGCAAGUUGCGCCAGAAGUCUCGCCCUCUACUCCAGCGCUCGCGAUUCCUCAAGUCCCCGGCACCGGCGCGGGAGGGACAAGGACGAAUUCCAAAUCGCCGAGAGUCGCUCCGCCAGGUUCCCCUUAUCCUCCCCUCAUGCUAAGUCGGAACAAUUUGCUAACAAUCGGGCCAAGGCACUGGCGAUACAUCUCCUGCUUUCACGGCCCCUGGCUCCAAAUGCCCAUUGAGAUCCUCGAGACUAUUGCAAACGUCAACUACAACACCCCGCGACCGCGGCCCAUGGAUCCCGCCGCCUUAUUCGAUCUGGUCAAGAUCCGGCGGCUCGUCGAUGAGGCCACGAACCUUGCCGUGAGGGCUACCGGUGAUAUCGCCUCGCCAGUCUUGACGGAUGUAAAUGGCGGCUUGCCUUCAUUCACCAAUGCAGGACACGGAGCAAAACUGAGUCGAGAACGAAAAUUCCGGAUGAGAGAGCAGGCAAGCCAGAAGCUUGCUCGCGCAUAUCGCCUGGAUGAGAUCGCAACCAGCGUCGCGACCAUGCAAGGAGCCGGCACUCUAGAAGAGGUCGGUAGGCUGGUGCUGCAUCGCAUCCCACAGGAUUCGGACGCCAAGUAUGUUCAUUUCUUUCACGAAAAGAUACCCGCCCGCCGGCUGGCGGCCUCCACCAGCGUCCAGUCUUUGACGGAGAUACUAUCCGACAGACCAACUGAGGGAGAGGCAUUGCGGACAAGGGCCAUGGUGAAGGGCUUCAAGGACGACUUUGAGGGUGCGGCGCAGGACCUCACACUCGCUCUAUCAAUGUAUCGCUCUCAUCAACAGCCGCAUAGCGCAACCGAGGACGAACUGCGCCUUCAGGAGUCGCAUCGGACCGGGAGACGGCCCCAAGACGUCAUCUUGGCUGAAAAGGACCAGCCCAGCAGCUUGGAGGGUCAACUAUUGUUCCAGCGAGCUACGACCUACUUUACCUUGGCCUGUCAACAUGCGUUAGACGCCGUGUCGUCGCCCAAGGACCUAAACAGCCACGCGAAAACGGGGGAUUCAGGUGAGCAGCCAGCCUCGGAAACCAACAGACGUGGUUCCCCUGAUCCGGACAGGGAGUCGCAGCAAAAGCAGGUCGAAUCGCGCAAACUCGUCAAGACCUAUGCGAAGCGAGCACUUCGAGAUUACAUGUCUUUCAUCUCACGGUUCGAGUACGCCCCAAGCCUGCCUGUCAGGGUAGCCAAGGAUUUCAGCGACCGCGUUAACCUCGCGGCUAACGGCAUCCGCAACCCUCGAUCAUCUGAACACAACUCCCUAAAGGAGCCUUACCCAACGUACUCCCUAUCCGACCUGUUUGCAGCAGUUCCGCCGUCAAACCUACCUGGGUAUCCGUUCCCAGACCCCCCAAUAUCUGACACGACGACUCCGCCCCUUGAUAGAAUGUGCCAGUGCGUCACAUAUCAUCCAUUACUGAUAGACGCGCUGCACUCACUACUACUCUGCCAUUGCCUUGUCCAAACCUCGUCCAAGGAACUCCUGCGCCAUGCCAACAUGGUGGCUCGACUCAUUCGCCUUGUGGAUGGAUACCCCCUUUUCCACGCCAGUAAGUCCGAUGCAAGGUCGGACUGGAUCGACGUGAUCCGUCGCGCAGACAACUGGCUGCAUCUGAGCGCCCCUUGGGAGACUCUCUGUGCACCUGCACCCCUCCCCGUGUUUGAUGUCCAUACACAGAAGAAACCAGGUCCCUGCCCUGCCCGGGCGGCCUCUGCGGCGGCUGCGAUGCUCAGUGGAGGGACAGUUCAGAAUACCACCCAGAAGGAACGUGAUGAGAGAAUCAAGGAGGGAAUCCGUGAGCAAGCCAUCCUAGAUUCCUUGGACGACGGCUGUGUCCAUGAGGAAGAGGGCUUCUGCCCUACGGCGGAAGAUCGUGCUGCGUUCGGCCCCAGUUCCCCCUCCCCAGGGGAUGCGGAUACAUGGUACAGCCCCGGUGACACUUUUAUCGACAUGGCUGUGGAUCCAGCAACCCAGCGGUGGUCCAUCAUUGACGCAAGGGAAGUUCCCAUCCUCACUGAGCGGGCGACCACUAUCGCCCAAUGGGUGCGCGAAGCACCCGUCGUUACAGGCACGACAAGGCGGAAGAAGCGCACCAAGAGGCCGGGCAAGGCGGAGGGCUUGGAUAGCGCCAUGGGGGAGUUGGGGCUUGGGGAGGUGGAAGCAGCGAAAUGCGAAUAG